GAUUCAGAGCGCCAGAAUCGGAUUCCAACCCUUGGAUAAAUUGCCACCGAUCGGCCCUUCCAAGUGCUUGUGCUCGGCGGCCGGGGAGCAAGGGAGUCCGAGGAUAGGUUGAACUAGAACUCUAGAAGGCCCGUACUGCUGGUUCCUCCGUCUGGUCUGCAGGGUAGAAGACGAAGCUCGAUCGGCCAGCCAGAUGGGGUCCAUCCUGUGCUGCCUGCGCGGCCCCGACGACGACGACGAGGCGCCGGGUUGCUGCGCCUGCCUGCCAUGGCCAGCCAGAGCGUACACACGGGUUGCGCCGGUUCCUCCCGAGGCCUCCACCGGCUCAGGCCAGGAGGAUCCAUUGAACACCUUCCGCCCCCCUCCUGGGCCUUUGCCUUACGAUGAUCCUCGGUUCAGGCAUCCCACGGAGAAAUCUAUUCUGCUCGGAGAGAGAAGCAAUGCUGACACCGGAUCGACUGACGAUGGUGAUGAGAAGGCUGAUGGACCGUCGUCCCUGGAAGCUCCGCCGGGAGGGGGGAAACCCGGGGGAACUCAAGUCUGUGUUGAUUGUGACGAGGAUGACUGCCCGAUAUGCCUCGAAGAGUAUGACUACGAGAAUCCGAAGAUCCUGCUGCAAUGCAACCAUGAUUUCCAUCUUGGUUGCAUCUACGCGUGGAUGGAGAGAAGCCAGUCUUGCCCGGUGUGUACCGUGGUAAUGAUGUUCAAAGAGGACCAGUGACCAACUGACCAUGCUGGCUGCAAGCCUAGACACAUGCUCAAGACCCACGAUAAUCGUUUAGUUGUGUAUUUAUACAUGGCGUCGAUGAAAAUGAAAUCAUGUCACUGGCCUUUGGCCAACCGCGGGGUAAAAUUUGGUGGCAAAUUAUACUAGCAGAGUAAUGACGUUGUUGUAAUCUUUUUUUCCUUUUUUGAACUCUUGUUUCUAUUCCUUCAUUGAUGGAUGAGGCAAAACUUUUGUAUCUGUUGCCAAAUAAAAUGAUG